GUGAACACAGAGAAAUGGGACAGAAUGUGUGAUUAACGGACUAUAUUAAUUCAGGUGUUUACAAGUUGGAACAACGUAACAGUGGCUACGGCGAAUAUGUCGCUCUUCAGGUCGAGCUUUAGGGGCCUGAAUGGGUUUGAAGAGUUAAGGAAGUACAUCAAGCAGGGCUGUGAGUUCUGUAAGGAUGUAUCAAUCAUACUGGCUGAGAGGGCUGAGUUAGAAAGCACAUAUGCAAAAGGAUUAGCAAAGCUUGCCGCCAAGUUAACGAAGUCCUCCAGCAAUACCAUAGGAACUCUUUCCAAUGGCUGGAAAGCUGUUGCAGUCACGAUGGAGCAGGAGGCAGAAUUACACAAAAAUUUGUCGACGGCCCUUCAGGAAGAAAUCAGUAAACCAAUCAAACAUCUGAUGGAAACGCAACAUAAAGCGAGGAAACCUAUAGAGGUGGCUGUAGACAAGAGUCUGAAGACGCUGACGGACAGGCGGGCAGAGGAGUAUAAGGCUAAAAGAGGAGCAUAUUCGAGUGCUAAGGAUCGAGAGAAAGGGGAGGAAUCUUUGUCAGAUGCUCGUUCAGGGAAAGGCAAAUAUUCAGAAAAGGAGUUAACAAAGCUGGAUAAGAAAUGUGAACAAGCUGCGAAGUUGUUACGGAAAGCAGACAAAGAUUACUGUGAGUUAUGUGAGAAGGCAGAAGCCGCGCGACAGGAAUGGGACUUCUCCGUCUGUAAGGGAAGUGCCCAACUUCAAACACUAGAGGAGGAGAGAAUCAAUAAGAUGUCUGAGUAUCUAAACCAGUACAACAGCCACAUAUCCGUGUUGGGGCCACGACUCACACAGAGUUGUGACCGUCUCCACGAAGCGGUGAUUUCUGUUGACCUUCAGUCUGACCUUAAGACAAUCGUCCAACAGAAGGGAUCCAGCAUGACUACUCCAGAACAGAUCCUUCUGGACUGUUAUUCUGAAGAUAUGCAAUUUAGUAUGAAAGCUGAGAGACGAAAAAAUUCUCUACAAAAUUACCUGCUGUAUCUGCGCCAAGCAAUAGAGAGGGAACGGAAAGGAAGAGAAGGUGUGGAAAAAUUGGUAGAGGUGUACAAACAGAGACCAAAUUUUGCUGAUCAAGAUGCUCAAGAUGAUGCCCGACAAAGAUUGUCACAGGUGACGUUUACGAUGAAUUUUCUAGAAGCUAGUCAUUUUAAAAUGGCGUCCACACUUGCCAAGUUGGAGGGACAACAGAAACUAACCCAUAAGUUUGCACAAUACCUAGAAACAGCUCGAGACAAACAGGGUAUCCCUAUCAGCACCUUGAAGCUACCCAUGAACCUGGCACUGGAGGGAAGUUCUGGGUACGUUACGCGGUCAUUCCCCUUGCCGUUACUCGGAGUCAUGGAAAAAAAUAUCGGAUUGAAUGCUGCUCAAGGGACUUGA